AUGUCUGCCGAGAAAGACAAAUCGAAAGUGCACAAGCUGUCGUUGAAGGGAUCUUCGAAGCUCAUUGCCGAAUUUUUCGAGUACUCUAUAAACACCAUUCUAUUCCAGCGCGGAGUAUAUCCUGCAGAAGAUUUCACGGCUGUCAAGAAGUAUGGACUCAACAUGCUUGUCACAUCCGAUGAUCAAGUCAAAGCAUACAUCAAGAAGAUCAUGUCCCAGCUCAACAAAUGGAUGACAGGCGGCAAGAUUUCCAAACUGGUGGUUGUAAUUACUAGCAAGGAGACUGGCGAACACGUUGAGCGAUGGCAGUUCGAUGUCCAGAUAUUCAACAGGCCUUCUAAGAAGGCGGCUUCCAAGGACACGUCAAAGCCGCCUGACAAGGAGAAUGCCGCGCCAAUAGACACCCCUGAACCGCCGCCCCCGGAGAAGACGGAGAAGGAGAUCCAGCUUGAGAUCCAGUCGAUCUUCCGCCAAAUCACAGCCUCCGUGACCUUCCUUCCACAGCUUGAUGCCGGCAAUUGCACGUUCAAUGUCUUGGUCUACGCAGAUGCGGACUCAGAAGUCCCGAUGGAAUGGGGAGAUAGCGACGCGAAGGAGAUCGAAAAUGGGGAGAAGGUGCAAUUGAGAAGUUUCAGCACAAGCAAUCAUCGGGUUGACACGCUCGUUAGCUAUAGGCUCGCAGAUUAA